AUGAGCGCGGCGCGCCAGACAUCCCACGCCUACCCCGCAAAGCGGGCGAAAAUGGGCGAGCGAACCAUGCUGGCUUGUACGAACUAUUGCUUGGUCGAAGACCCUGCCACGGGCUUGCACCGCCCGCGUGAUUAUGUGCAAUCUCUCGAAGCACGAGUGGCCUAUUUGGAGGGACUUUUACAAGAAGCACGGCCAGAGGUCGCUAUUGACCACUUUGGAGACCUUGGCCACUCGCAGCACCCCAAACAGGCCGAUAGACUGGACUCUAAUCUUACUGCUAAUGUUGCUCGAGGCGCUGCCACUAGCGCUACUACUACCACUGUUCAACCGCACAGGGUCUCUGGAAACACGCCGAUUAGUGUUAUUAGUGAUGUGCGGUCAACAGAGCCUCACGAAAAUGAUCUUCUUAGCAAUGAGGUAGCACUUCUCUGCCUCGGCGCUGCUGGACGUGAACCGCAGUACUUUGGACCUUCGUCUGCAGUCCACUUUUCGCGCAUCGUUAGUAGCACUCUACGUCUACCACGUCGGGGAGGAACGGGCUCGCAUUAUAGCAACACGAGCGACUCGGGCACUUGCCGUGUCACUGCUCGUUACCAGGGGUUCCCCAACGCAGCUAUGAUGGCGAAGCUCUCUGAGGCCUACUUUAGCAAUAUCCACCCGCAGUAUCCCUUCCUGCACCAACCGACUUUUAGGGCCAUGGAACAGGAGUGCUUGGAAGCUAGCCUGCGCAACAACAUUAAUGCUGCCAGUGAAUCGUCGCUCUUCUUCGUGCUUAUGGUUUACGCAAUCGGCUCUCUAGCAGUUGGGCUUAGUGAGGUUGACUCAGCAGAAGGAUAUUACGCCAUGGCCCUUAACUAUAUCGCCCACCUUCUCGACAUGGAUAACCUACUGUCUAUACAAGCAAUGCUUUGUUGUGCAGUAUAUUCUGUGCGAUCUCAGGCUGGAGCCAGUUUAUGGAAGAUAUCCGGAAUGGCCAUGCGGCAUUGCGUCGAAUUAGGCUAUCAUCGUAGUAUCGAACGAUAUCGCAACUCGGUCGAUACACUAACCAAAGAAAUUUCCAAGCGUUGCUUCUGGGUUGCCUACGACAUUGAUCUUGUCGCAUCCUUUAUUCUUGGUCGUCCGGCAGGCAUAUCAGAUAAUGCUAUUGACGUUGAGUUACCUUUGGAUAUCGACGACGAAUAUAUCACACGCGACGGCUUGCUAUCGCUGCCGAGGCAGAACUCCUCCGACCCUCCAACCCAACUCACAGGUGCCCUCCAUUCUAUCAAGCUACGACAACUAUGGUCCAAGUUCCGCAACAACCUAUAUCCUACUACGUCACACCGUGAAAGCGAUAGCGUCCCAUGUCCAAACAAAAUUCCAGUUGAGGCCCUGCGCCAGGAACUUGAAGAGUGGCGGGCCACAUCUCCMGAUAAAUUGGAAAACCUUCACGCUCGCCCGCUAUCGGUGUUUGCCUCAAACGACUGGUUCGGACUGGCCUACCACUACUCCAUAUUACUUCUCUAUCGUCACUACAUCAUCGACAGUUCAGAACCUGCUGUUCAAGUGCCGGACUCGCUUUCUCAGGAAAAUAGUGAGCCUGACGCCCGUGACCGUGCCUUUGAGAUUUGCGCGACACAUGCGCGACACAUGUGCCUUGGGUACCGGAGGCUGUACCAAUCACAGCGGUCACAGAUCCAAUUCACAUGGGGCAGUUUGCACAUUUUGUUUCUGGGCGGCUUGACAUACCUCUACUGCCUAUGGAAGUCAUCUUACAUCCGUAAGCGUACACGACAGAGCACUGUCAUCCAGACAUGCAUGGCCUGCACAACAGUCCUUAUCAUAAUCGCCGAGCGCUGGAAUGAGGCAAGCUCGUACCGUGAUAUUUUCGAGCUUUUGUCUGAGAGCACCAUCACCAUGAUCUGUGGCAAUAGUGGGGACGCAAUAAGCGGCGAGAGCUUGGAAUUGGCGACAGUGACGACUCUAAUGGGCGGCGGUGAUACCGGGACUGGAACGAAUCCAUCUGGCGGUUUUGUUGAGAAUGCAACCGGUGGUGGACAUAUUCCCGCAAAUGUGUAUGACACCUCUACAACUGCAGAUGGUUAUGGAGCUGCAGAGCAGAUUGGAGGUCCCGAUAUACCUUUACAGGAUUGGAUAAUGACUUUAGAUCACGUUUCUGCGUCAGGAGACUCACAAUGGUUGGCUCAGGAGCUACUUCAGGGCAUCAAAGAUUUCGAAGCGGAGACGAACAUUAAUUCGCUGAAUUGA